AUGGAGGCAGACACGGGGCGCCGCUCCUCCGCCUACAAGGUCGGCGGAGAGCGUGAUGAACGGGAGCAAGUCAGGGCUGCUCUACAAACAGGGACACAAAUAAAGAACUGGAAGCGCCGCUGGUUCUCCCUCUGCGAGAAGCGGCUGUAUUACUUCGAACCGGCCCACAGCGGGGACGCCCGACCGUGUGGCGUCGUGCUGCUCGACGGCUACAUCGUGGAGCUGGUCGAUGACCCCAAGCUCAUGAAGAAGCUUCUCAAACGAGGCAACAAAGGGAUCACGCUCUUCCGGUUGUGGCACCCGCGCAAGCCGGAGUACCUGUUGUGCGCCGACAGCGAGGCGGAGAUGGAAGAGUGGAUCGGGGCAAUCCUCAUCGAGCAGUACCGCCACCAAGCCAACCGCUUGACCGUCGUACAAGAUCGGAAGCCCGGUGCCUCUUCCAGGAACAGAGUCACCCACCAAUCCCCCAGCCACACCGAUGGCGGCCAUAUAACCCCACGGUCUGGCCGCGUCGACGCCUUCACCGCGACAUACGAGCCGGCCCCCCACCAGCCGCACCACCAGCAGCACCACACCACCAGCCUCUCCAACAACGGCCAGGCGACAGCCGCCCACGGCUCGGCCGCUUUCCCGUCGUCGCGGAGGGACCUCCUGCCCCACCGCGCACCGCCUCCGGUCCCCACCGUCGCGCCCGCAAUCGCCGGUCCCGACGGCUCUCGAGGGAGCGGCGGUGACCAAGCGCAGCAGCAGCUGAGAUGCGCCAAGUGCGGUGCGGCGGCGGCCAGCGCUGCCGCGUCCAAGUUCUGCCGCGACUGCGGCACGCCCUUCAACCCGCCGCCAUUACCCAAUCGCGUCACGGGACCGUCGACGACCUCGUCAUCGUCGUCGUCUUCUUCUUCUUCAUCAUCAUCGGCGCCGCCUCUCCCGCCUCACACCCACCGCACAGUCCAACCCUCCUACUCGGCCGUCGCAGCGGCUCCUCCGCCUCUUCCUGUUCACAAUCACCAUCACCAGCCGCCGCCGUACAAGACGCCCUAUACAUUCUUUCCCUCUCCUACCGCCGCCGCCACGACAACCACCACCGUCGCCGCAGGGCCUCCGCUGCCCGCCAGGGUCUCGCCCGCGCACGCGCCCUCGUCGUCGCUGUCACCGAGAAAGCCUCCGCCCACCGCGUCCGCGCCGCAGCACACCCGCGCCGCGCCGCCCGUGCCUGCGGCGACCAAACAACACAACACGUUCGCUACGGUGGCGGCGGCGCCGGCUCCGGCCCUGACGCAACCACCCGUGGCCGCCGUUCGCCCUGCGCCCGCCGUGCCCGCCGCGGCUGCUGCGCCCGCCGCCGUGCCUAAGCGCUUGUCGCCCAAGGCCGCGCCGACGAUGUUGCAGAAUUCGAAUGUGCGGCUCUCGGCAUUCGGAGGAGUACCACAGGCCAAGCCCACCGUGCUCCCGCUUGCGACGCCGCCGGCCGCGACAAUGGCCACCACCACCACGAAGCCCUCGCCUCGCCCCACAGUCGUCGCGCCAGCCGCCGCGGCGCCGGCGGUCGCGGUGAAGACUGUCACUCCUCAGGGGAAUGCGGCGAAGCCGGACCAGAGGGAGCAGAUGCGCCAGGCCAUCCAGGUGCAGGCCGCCCGGGAGAAGGAGAUGCGACAGAAGGUGAUGCAGCGAAUGAAUGAGAAGCAGGAGCUCAAGAAGACCCAGCAGCUCGAGGAGAAGCGGCAACAGCAGCAGGCGUCGGGCGGUCAUCCGCCGCCCGCGGUGCCGGCCGAGGUCAAGGUCCUCUCCGACAAGCUGACGCGCAUCGAAGACGAGAUCGACCGGGCGUCGGACACCCAGAUCCUCAAGGGCAAGGGUGCCGAGCUCAACGACUCGCUGAAGGCGCUCAAGGACGACAUCUUGCGCGCCCGCCAGAAGCACCCCCAGGUGACGGGUGACCUGGUGGAGCGGUACAACAAGCUCAGCAAGAGCGUGCCUGCGCGGGUGAACGAAGUCUUUGCCGUGCAGAACAGCCAAAACGCCCAACAGCGACCACCUGUCAAGACCAUGAACGCCAACUGCUCCAAGUGCGGCAGCAAGCUGUCCGGUGACGUCGUUGAAGUCGCCGGCAUGCACUUUCACCGAGGAUGCUUCGGGUGUGCCGGGUGCGGGCGGAAGCUGGAGCGCACGUGCCUCAACAUCGGGGACAAGCCCUACUGCGAUGCCUGUGGCAAGCAGGCCUUCAUCCGCCACACCCUCAGUCCCGGCGCACCCGCCAAGUGA